AUGGUUCGGAUCCGGACAGCUAUCUCUUCUGUGCUGUCUCAAACUGCUGAACCAGUGCAAAGCCACUCUUCGCCUUUCAUGAACAUUGUCCGGGAUGUAGAACCACCACUUCCUUCAGGAUAUCCACUACAAGCAUUUGAUGUCAAUGGCCCUAAUACAGUUAGAGCUCUCAAUCUUCAGUCAGAGAAUAAUUUAUCCACCAGCAACUGUUCUUCUUCAAAUGCCCAGCCUGUUCUGGAGCCAAAGCUCUCAUGGAAUUCGGUUUCAGGCAGUAGGUUACAUAUGGAGACCUUUACUUCCAGUACCUCUGCACAUCCAACACCUCCGCUUCCCCCUCUGCCACCACCAUUUUCCACUCCAAUUACCCAUUGCCCUACAACUAUUUCUGGAUCACAGGCUUCACUGUAUAAUCAGGGAAGUGUUGCAGCCCAUCUCACUCCACCUUUGACUCCUAUAAAUGACACAAGUUUAGGAAUUUUUUCUACACCAGGAACAAGCAUAGCUUCUUAUUCACUACCGGCAUUUACACGAACUUUGCUGAUGAGUAGGCCGGCUUCUGUACCUGGAACAUUGUUUAGCCCACCUACCCUGCAACACGGACAGAACUCAUCGAUUCUUUCACAGCCUGUCAAAAACUGCCGAACCAGUGCAAAGCCACUCUUCGCCUUUCAUGAACAUUGUCCGGGAUGUACAACCACCACUUCCUUCAGGAUAUCCACUACAAGCAUUUGAUGUCAAUGGCCCUAAUACAGUUAGAGCUCUCAAUCUUCAGUCAGAGAAUAAUUUAUCCACCAGCAACUGUUCUUCUUCAAAUGCCCAGCCUGUUCUGGAGCCAAAGCUCUCAUGGAAUUCGGUUUCAGGCAGUAGGUUACAUAUGGAGACCUUUACUUCCAGUACCUCUGCACAUCCAACACCUCCGCUUCCCCCUCUGCCACCACCUUUUUCCACUCCAAUUAC